AUGAACGGCAUCCAGCUGAAAGCGCAGGCAGCCCGCUACCGGAGAGCAUCCUUCGACGAAGACGAGAUCUCGGCUGGCACGGGCUCGAUGGCUGCAGAUGCGGGUGUCAAUGUCUCCCCGACUCUCGAGGGCAGCACCACCACCUUGAACGUGGGUCAUGAUCCAUCGCGGCCGUCACUGUCAAUAUCAGGAGUCGCUUUUCGCAAAGGCGGUUUCUGGAGCCGGACGAGUCUCUCGGAGCGUGUGCUCAUGAUACUCGUAGCCGCACUCUCGGCGCUCGUUGUGAACCUCCUAUAUUUCGGUUCAUUCGGGCCCCACGGUCAGGAUCAGAACUCACAAGGAGUGUGCCUAACUCCUGAGUGUGUCAACGUAGCCAGUGCCAUCAUGUCCGCCAUGGAUACACAGGUCGAUCCUUGUGACGACUUCUACCAGUAUGCAUGCGGUGGCUGGAUACGGCAAAACCCGCUGCCGGACGGAAAAUCAGUUUGGGGCGCUUUCGGUAAACUUUGGCAGGAGACUCAACUCGUGAUGAAGAAUAUCAUCGAGGAUAACAGCAAGCCUCAGGUAUCUCGAGCAGAGAAACUCGCGAAAACCUACUACAUGUCUUGUUUGGAUCCGAACGGAACCAUUGAAGAGCUUGGUAUAACUCCUAUAGAGGAUCUCAUAAAGAAAAUAGGAGGUUGGAACCUCUCAAGUGCAGGGUUUGAUCCUUCGGCGUGGGACCUCCAAGAGGUCGUCGAGACGGCUCAAAUGGUUUACACGAAAAAUGUCUUCUUCGAAUGGUCGGUGGUGGCCGACGAGCAGAACUCGUCGCGACACAUCAUCUCUAUCGACCAAAGCGGAUUGACUUUGCCGUCCAGAGACUACUAUGUCAAUGACACAAAUCAGGAAAAGGCACUGAACGCGUUGUUGCAAUACUUCACUCACGUGGGAAUGCUGAUGGGCAAUGAGAUAGAAUCCGCCAAGGCCCAAGCUAACAGUGUCAUCGAGUUCGAGCUCGAGUUAGCGAAUAUAUACAUUCCGGAGCUGGAACGGAGGAAUGAGAAGGCCCUCUACAACAAGAUGACGAUCGCAGAACUUCAGAAGAUGUCACCUUUUAUUGACUGGCUCAAGUUUUUCCGCAGAGGCUUCAGUGAGGUGGACAUAUCAAUCGACCAACACACCGAAGUUGUUGUCGCGGUGCCGAGUUUCUUCCGCAACCUCUCGGCGAUCAUCAAUAGCACGCUCUCAGACCCGAACGGCCCAACAGUCCUCGCGAAUUACGUCGGAUAUCAAACGGUGACCUCUUUGCUAUUCGCCUUGGCUGCCGAAUUCCGCAAUGCUCUUCGCGUCGUGCAGCGAGUUCUCAAAGGAACUGAGGGAAUGGAGGCGACCUGGCGAGCUUGCAUCUCAGAUACGGACGGAGUGCUCGGCCUGGCACUCGGGUCGAUGUUCAUCAGACACGCGUUCGAUGAGAAGUCGAAAGAGGUCGCUCAAGCCAUGGUAGACCAAGUGAAAACCGCCUUCAAGGACAAUCUCCAAAACCUCCACUGGAUGGACGAAGCCACUCGAGUUCUCGCCAGGGACAAGGCUGAUUACGUGAGCGAUAUGAUCGCGUUCCCCGAUUUUCUCAGCGACCCUGCUAAAGUGGAUGAGAAGUACGUUGGAUUGAAUUUAGAGGACAACGCCUAUUUCGAGAAUAACAUCAAGAUUUCUCAGUACAUGCUUAAACGAAACAUGAAAAAGCUACUCGUGGCUCCCAAGAGAGGAGAAUGGGAGAUCAGUCCAAUACAGGUGAACGCGUACUACACCCCGUCGAAGAACCAGAUCGUUUUCCCGGCUGGUAUCCUGCAAGCACCUUUCUACCAUACGAAGUUCCCGAGAUCUUUGAACUUCGGAGCCAUGGGUGUAGUCAUGGGCCAUGAGCUCACCCAUGCUUUCGACGACCAGGGCAGGGAAUAUGACAAGGAAGGUAACCUGAACAAGUGGUGGAACGAUCGCACGAUCAACGCUUUCACCGAGCAAGCGCAGUGCUUUGUAAACCAAUACUCGGAUUAUUUGGUCAACAAAGAGCACAUCAACGGAAAAAUAACUCUCGGAGAGAAUAUAGCCGACAACGGCGGUUUGAAGGCGGCCUUCAACGCCUAUCGUUCAUGGGUGAAACAAAAUAAAGCUGCCCCCCUGCCGGGUGUUAACUUGACCCAUGAGCAGCUGUUCUACAUUGGUUUCGCGCAAGUGUGGUGUUCCACCGAGACUCCGGAAGAACGGCACAUGCAGCUGCUCGUCGAUGGACAUUCGCCGCCGAAAUACAGGGUCAUCGGCACUCUAUCGAAUUCAGUGGAGUUUGCGAAGACGUACAAGUGUGGAGCGUCAACCAAGAUGAAUCCCCAGAAGAAAUGUGAACUUUGGUAG